UGGGAUAAAAGUAUGGUUCAAUCGAGUAUAGAACAUCGUUUCACAUAACUCAGCUGAUUCGGAAGUUGUAAAAGUCAUUUAACCAGUUCUGAUAGAAUUGAAUGGAAGUCCCUUUUUACGAGGACGAGAUUAUGCCCAUAGAUUCUUCAUCUGAACACACGAUGUACGACAAAACAGCCAUGAAACUAGACCUCAACGCCACAGUUCGCAGCCAAAGCGUUUUCGACAACUCGAUUCUUACUUCGCCGGAUUUGAACUUACUUAAGUUAGCUUCACCGGAACUCGAAAAAUUGAUCUUAAAUUGUGGAUCCCUUGUUACUCCAACACCUCAAGGAUUGAAGAAUUCAGCAGCGAACUUAUCUGUUACAGAGCAACAAGAAUUAUACGCUAGAGGAUUUUUAGAAGCUCUUCAGAAACUUCACCAAGAGCAAGGUCCACCAGGAUCUACGGCUAUAUCAAACGCAGCUUUUACUCUAAAUCAAACUACUUCAAGCAUUGGAGUUCCUACAAAACCUGUAUUCACUCAAGCACCAGCUAAUGUGCAGCCUUCUACAGUUCCUUUGGCCACACAAAUGUUGGUUACUUCUGACGAAAAUUUCACCACGGUUCAAAGUUAUCCUUCGAACACAUUGUCUACGAUAUCAACUGGUGAACUUCCGCUUGAAUCGGUACGCACAAGAAAUGUUACCUCGCAGAUAUUUCCACAGUUUCAGAGUACUGGAGGCACUAUGAAUGCUCAGCCGCAGUUUCAAAAUGCUGCUGCGAACUUUGGCUACAGUAAUCAAGGUCAGUUAGCUAAAGUGAAGGUGGAAGAUUCAUUGCAGGUCGUUCCUGGCACACCCCCUCUGCCUCCUAUUGACUUAGACCUACAGGAAGCCGUUAAAAGCGAACGAAAAAAGCUCCGAAAUCGUCUGGCUGCUUCAAAGUGCCGGCGUAGAAAGUUAGAAAAAGAGGCUGACCUUGAAAAGAAGGUACAAGAACUCAAAGACAAAAACUCUGGGCUUCAAAGUGAAGCGUUCGAGUUACGAGAACAGAUUUGCCAGUUGAAAAAACAAGUAAUGAAACACAUCAAUGAAGGAUGUAAAGUAUAUCUAUCGGCUUCAAAUUCGUAAGGAUUGUGAUCGAACUGUGACUUAUGAGAAGUUAUCUAUUGGUCAAGUCUUGCCUCCAUGGCAGUGGCAUUUUGACCGAAAAGAGCAUUGUUUUUAGGAGAAAUAGUGCUCAUGAUUGUGGACUGCGUCUGUAAAGCAACAGGUGCGUGACGCAAACAGCACAUUCAAAAUGGCUUGAAAGUUGGUCUUCGAACAAGAACAAGGAAUAUGAACAAUAUUUAAUCGCACAAAGAAUGUCCAUCUUGAAAUCUGGUAUUUCGAGAUCUCUCUGUUGACCAGAGAAAGGACACAGCAAUUCAGUUAAGUUGAUAAAAGCAAUGCUAGCAUUUUUUAGAAAGAUGUAAUGAAGUGGAAACCAUUUCAGUGCUAUAUUAGAAAACCAGUUGAAAACAUUGGUUUGCGUUUAAUUUCGUUUGUAUAACCAAUAUAAAUAUAUAUAAAAUAUACGAAGAUAUGUAUUUCCGAAGUCAGUUGUACUUAUAGGAAUAUACUUGAUAUUUAUGGUUAAGUGAAAUGGCUUAUAGUAUAUCUAUUUAUUCAAUAAAAUAAUAAGAAAAUUAAAGAUGUAAACUACGAUUCACAAACCGCUUUGAGAAUAAUUAUAUUCAUUCUUUUUCUUCGUUAUUGUAGACAAUUUUUUGUCCAAGAGACAUUUUUAUAAGCCCAUAACUGCUAACUAUGGCUUUGGGUAUCGAAGAAUUAACUUAUAAUAUGUUAAUAAAAUGAAGAAUGAGGUUGAAAA